GGCGCAUUGGUAGCCGGAGGGAGGUACGGGCAGGCCGUGCGCGGCUCUCGCGAGAGCUGCCGCGCGGGGAUCCGCGAUGCCUUGUGGGAGCUCGCUCCUUUCUGGCUGCCCGGCCAUCUUGGCGGCGCGUCUCCGGUACCGCCCGACCCCGCGAGAGGCAGCAACAUGGUGGCCGCGAAGAAGACGAAAAAGUCCCUAGAGUCCAUAAACUCCAGGCUUCAGCUGGUUAUGAAAAGUGGUAAAUAUGUGCUAGGAUACAAACAGACUCUGAAAAUGAUUCGGCAGGGCAAAGCCAAGUUGGUCAUCUUAGCCAACAACUGUCCUGCUCUGAGAAAAUCAGAGAUCGAGUACUACGCUAUGCUUGCCAAGACUGGUGUCCAUCAUUACAGCGGGAACAACAUUGAAUUGGGCACAGCAUGUGGAAAAUACUACAGAGUGUGCACGCUGGCCAUCAUUGACCCAGGUGACUCUGACAUCAUUAGAAGCAUGCCAGAACAAACCAGCGAGAAGUAAAUUACCUGCUGUAAAGGUGUUAUUUCUACAAUAAAACUGGUUACAGAUCUGUUUUAAGAAAAAUUUGUAUUAUACCUUUGCUGGUUUUAGGGAACAAACUAUAUAAAUGAAGAUUCAUUACCA